GUUGUCAGUUGUCAAAAUGUUGAUUUGUUGUACUGAUUAUUGUUUUAUCUCUGAUCUUGUAGAUUGUUGCUAAGCAUUUAAACCCAUGUAAACGAUGAGAUUUAACAUAAUUGGAUACACAUAUCAAUACAUAGUGAAUUAAAGCACUUCUUUUAGUUAUGUUAUUUAAAAAUAAUUUGAAAUGUCUGGUUAUACAGUUUUCUAAUAGAAAAAAUGUAUCCACUGAUAUCUUUGCUAUUUUUGAGUAUCUUACUAAUAAACAAAAGCUAUGCUCAAGAGGUAAAAUGCCCAGUUAAAUGUAUUUGUAAGCAGAUUUCUCCUAAUGAAGGCUUUUUAAAAAUGACAUGUGGGGAGCAUAAUAAAAUAUAUCAUUUAGACGAAUUGGAUUUAUUGAAUUUAGCUAGUGAAAUUAUACAAUUAAAUUUAUCUGGGAAUGGCUUGACUUCAUUCUUUCCGAAAGUAGAGCUUAUUGCCCUGCAAAAAUUAAAUCUAAGUAGGAACCAAUUAACAGAACUCAAGGCUCAUCAGUUCAAUGAAGUUCCAAAUAUAAAAAGACUCGAUUUAUCUGCUAAUAAUAUCAAGCACAUAGAUCUGUUGGCUUUCAGUGGAUUGAUCCAUUUGGAGAAAUUAAAAUUGAAUCAGAAUCAUAUCAGCGCUAUCACCAUUGGGACGUUUACACCUUUGGAAAAAAUAAAACAGUUGGACAUAUCUAAUAAUCCAUUAGUAUGUGAUUGCAGUUUGUUGUGGUUACACGAUUGGAUAUUGAGGCAGUCUGUUAAACUACUGUCAAAUCCUAAGUGUAUGUCUCCAUCAACUUUCAAAGGAAGGCCGUUGAGAAAAUUGAAAAUCGGAGAUGAUAUACAUUGUAAAUCACCAGCUGGAAACAGUGGUCUACCAAUAAUAGAAUUAAGGCCCAAUGAAGAUCAGGUGGCAUUUGAAGGGGAUUCUCUAACUAUGCAGUGCUUCGCUCCUAGUAUUUCCGAUUCUCUGGAGGACCCUCUACAAAGCGGUAUACAAUGGACUUGGUUGGAUUCCAAUCCCGAACUACAUUUUUCCGAUAUCCACGUCGAAAACGAACUACUGGGAAGUGCAGGAAGAAUAUCCAGUACUCUUGUCAUACCGAAACUGACAAAAAAUCACACAGGGAUAUGGAACUGUCAGUUUUUAUCUCUACAUGGGAAUCACUCAAAAGGUAUAACUGUUGUGGUGAUCUCUAAUGAAACGAAAUACUGUCCAAUGACGAUAACGAAAAAUAAUAAAGGAGUGUACAAUUGGCCACGGGGAAUAGCGAAUUUCACAAUAACCAUGCCGUGCGAAUCUCUAAAUUUAAAUUAUGACGUUACUCACCAAAAAGCGUCUUACACGUGCACCGAAACCGGGGAAUGGUCGAAUCUAAAUACAACUAUGUGUUCCUACAUCUCAGAUAAUACUAAGAUAUUGAAACAAUUUUCUAUGGUAAAUACCAGUAUAGAAGAAAGUGCGAAACAUUUUAGAAAUUACACGAUGAACAAAACCAUAUUUAAAGACGUCGUCGAUUUAUAUUACGCCGUUUGUACAAUAGAAAAUUAUGUAAAAUACGCUCCUAAAGAACACGUUGGAACUAUAGCUUCUAUUUUGAUGGAUUCGGCGAAUAAUUUGAUGGAUUUGUCAAGGGGUUAUUUGAGACAGACCGAUUUGGAGUAUGGUACAUCACGAAGAUUGAUUUCCGCCACAGAAAAAAUUGCCCUCUUUCUAAAUCCCACCAAUUUCCAUAAGAACAAUCUGGCUAUCGAAAUAUUUCCUGUGAGAAAAGAAAACUUCAGGGGCCUUACAUGUACGCUAUACAGUAAUCCGAACAACAAGAAAGAUUCUCUGUUUUCUUGUGCGCCCAGUCAUCAGCAGGAAAUUUCCAGUUAUCAAGGAAAAAUCACUGAAGCUUCAGUUACAAUACCCGAAACUCUUUUUAGACAGUUAAAGAAUAAAGAAAAUUUGACAAAUAAAGAUUAUGACAUACUUGUAGCGAUGCAUUCGAAUAGCAAAUUGUUUUCUAUCGAUAGAAAGCGGUUUGGAAAAGAAGAUGUUACAUCGGCAGUCGUUGGAGUUCAAUUAGUUGAUUUUUCCGUAACGAACCUCACGGAUCCAGUUUACAUAAUGCUGCGUACACCUACAACAACAAUCUACGAAGUUACGCCCUUCAUACCCGUAUGGUGGAAUUCUUCUAGUAACAACGGUUCGGGAAGCUGGACUUCGAAAGGAUGCAGAUUUUCGCACGAUUUACAAGAACACACUGUAUUUUCUUGCGAACAUUUCGGCUAUUACGGUUUAUUACAAGAAGUAACCGUAAUAAACGAUCGACAAAUCGGCGCCAGAUUUAAAUUAAAUCACCCCGCGGUAUACGUAGGGGUUUUUAUAUUAUUCACCACAUUUCUAAUCGUUAUUUUAACUUAUUCUCUUUGUUACGUAACGAUACAAAUACCGAAAAAAACGAAACAUUCCCUUAUAAAUACUUGGAUUUCGAUCUCAUUAUUGACGUUCAUGUAUAUAUUUGGAAUAUUUCAAACAGAAGAUGUCAAAUUAUGUCAAAUCGUCGGUAUGAUUUUACAUUAUUUCACUUUAUGUUCCUUAUUGUGGAUGUGCGUCGGUGUUAAUUGCAUGUACAAACGUUUAAGUAAAAACGAUAUAAUAGGUUUACAAGACGACGAUUUACCAUCGGAUUACCCCAUACAAAAACCCAUAUUAGGUUUAUAUUUAGUAGGUUGGGGUAUAGGCUUGAUAAUAUGCGGUCUAUCCGCCGCUAUAAAUAUGAACGAAUACGCUUCGACGGGUUAUUGUUUCCUAAAAACCGGUCCGGCUUUAAGCGCCCUCUACAUCCCUUGUAUAAUCCUCGUUAUAUUUCUAGUGAUAUUUUUCCUUUUAAUAAGAUGCACCGUUUACAAUUCGGACGCUAACGGACAUUUAAGCGAAGGUACUCAAGCUACCGAACACGUCGAUUUGGAUCUAUUAGAAUCCGAACCGAAUUUUCCUCGAAUAGAAACUCGAAGUAUAUCGACGAAAACGGCUUCUAGCGAUGUAGAAGAUCCCGAACACGCUCCAUCCGCUCAACUAAAGGCUUACGUUAUAUUUUUAUUUAUUUAUAUAAUGACUUGGUUGAGUUGCGCGUUCGCUACCGCCUCUCCUUUUCAUAUGAUCUCGUUCGAAAUGGACUUUUUUAGUAUUUUAUUCGCCAUAUUAUCGACUACUUUGAGCGCUUUUACUUUAUUUUUUUAUUGUAUAGCGCGUAAUGACGUCAGAACGCAAUGGGUUCUAUUAUUUAGGUGGUUAAAAAAUAAACGUAUCUGUAGAUCACGACACGUUUCCGAUACGGUAUUAAACGUCCCCCAAAUACAAAUACAACCCCUUCCCUUACCCCCGGUUAAUAACAUAGAAUCCCAAAUCAUAUCUAGAUCUACAAGUAGGGCUAGUACUAAAUCUAGAACUAGUAACGCACUUAAAGGAGCAGUGGAUUUGAACGAAAGUUUUCGCGACACUAACGGCGCUAAAAUAAACAACGUUAAUUUAGUAGUACUACACCGAGCGCAAUACCGAACCAGCAUCAUACCGAACAUAAUCGAAAAUCCCACUAACGCCGAAUUAUUUUACAAUCCGCACCAGAGUACCGUUGCGAGGAAAUUUUUUAAACGCCAAAAAAGAAAAAAUAACCUACCUAAACCGCCGAGGGACGUGAACAGCGAUACGGCUUCGGUGUUUUCCGAACCGAAACUAAAAAUUAAAAAUCAUUCCGAACAAAAUAUGUUCGGAACGAAUACGAAAGUAAAUAACACUAAUAUACACGUCGAACAAAAAUACAAAACGAAACACCGGAAGAAUCCGAAUAUAUUUUCGGAUAGCGCCGAGGAUUUCGAUUCGGAAAAUAAUAUACCGGUGGAUGAUAUAGUGAAACACGCGGAAAGGUUACGCGAUAAAGAAUUGACGAGGAAUAAGAAUAGGAAAAAGAGUUCGGAAAAUAAUAUGCAUUCCGUAUCGCAGCAGUGUACUUUGGAUUAUAGUUCGGAAACGAUAUCGGAUUCGAUAUUGGAUAAGAUGAGUCCGGAUAAAGUGGUUAGGGAGAGUUUUAAUACGACCGAAACUAGCGAAGCGGUACCUUCGGUAAGAAGGGAGAAUAGUCCUUUGAGCGUUUUAACCGAACAAGAUAACGAAUAUUAUCAGAAAAGCGGUAAAGCGGGUGAAUCUUUAAGUUGUAAUUUGAGCGGUAUGGAUACGUCGUCGGUAGGUGGAGCUUCCACGCCUAGAAUAUACGUAAAUCCUCAAGAUUCGAGAUUAGGUAAAGGCGACGGACGUAGUAGAGCUAGUAGCGUAUCGGUUAGCGAUUUGGACGAACUGUAUCAGCAGAUUAGACGGGGACCGCAAUCUAAACGACAUAAAAAUGUUUAUGGUACUUCUUGUCUAUCCGAUUCGGAGAUUAAUUCUUUUAUAAGUGAUAAUAGACAAAGGAGAGAUUUGAGGAGUCACGACGAAUUUGAUAUUAUAAGCGACGAUGUCGAAACGAGAGUUUAAAUACUGUAGAAUAGAUGCCGCUACUAGUUAUGGUUUUAUAUAAUUGAGUGAUUAGCCUUUGUAGGGCAACAGUUAGUUGUAUAUUUUAGAAAAUGGAAUGUACGGAGUGUUUAAUUUAUUUGAAUAUGAAAAAUAAUUGUGAUCAAUUAUUUACAACGAUAUAACCUCAAUUUCGAAUGUUCUUUCUUUUUUUGAGUUAUUUAUAUGAUAACGGAUAACCCAAUUAACGAAAUAAGAGGCUGUUUAUCUUUAAAAUUGUUUAAUUCACCACCUUUCGUUAAAUAUUAUUGUCCAGAGCCGUAAUAACUAUUUUGAAGAUAAUUUUUACACGACAUAACCUUAAAUUCAACUCAUUUCUUCUUUUUGAAUUAUAGAGAUUUUUAUAUGACACCAAAUGACCGUUAAGAUGCUGUAUAUCUCUGAGAUUGUUUCAUUCACUACCUUUCGGUCAAUGUUAUUCUCUCCAGGGUCGUAUCAUCUUUUUUUCAACUGAUUUCUUCUCCACAAGUCGCGAUUCUGCACUCCAAUUCGGCUCUAUGUCUCUAAUAUCGUUUAAAACUGCAUCUAACCAUUUUUUUCUUUGGUCUUUCCCUCCUUUUACCUUCUUGUCCUUCUUCAGUGACCAUAUUUUGCAAAUCUAUUUCAAGGAAUAGAAAUUCCUCCUUUUCCUUUCCCAUACAACCAGUUUUGUUUGAUUAGCCUUUGCUUAAACCCAUGUUUUACUUCCGUACGUCACUGUUGGUCGUAUUAUUAUUAGGUAUUCUAAUUUUGGCUGCUCUUGAUAACUCCUUUGAUCUUAUCAACCUAAUUAACCCACGGCUUUACUUCCUUUGGCUAAUCUUCUAUUUAUUUCAGUACGCUCCUCAUUUUUAUUUGAGAGUGUUGCUCUCAGGUUUUUUUAUGUAAAAAGCAAGCACUGGAGUAGUUCAAAUGGUGCCUGCCAUGUGUAUAUUGAUCUUGAACUUCUGUAGGCUGUAGAGCUUGAGCAGGAUGUCGUUCAGGUUCCUCCUCUUAUCUAUUUAAUACUCCUUCAAAGUAUUUGUCCAUCUUUCAACUUUUUCAUGAUUUAUUAAAAGUAGUCACUUAUAUAAGGUACUUAGUAAUUAAUUGUGACCUCUCUUGAUUUUUUGUCAUCUUGCUAUCUUCUUAAUUCUUUGUUUCUAAAGUGUUCUUCAAUAUUUUGUAGUUUAUUACACAUCUAUAUUCGCUUUCUCUGCCUGAGUAUAUUUUUAUUAUUUUUUCGGAUUUCUGAGUAUUUUCUCUUGUUUUUUGUCGAGUCAGUUCUAGUGUACAGUGGCACUACAUCUUCGUCAUCAGACGAAUGUAAAAUAUCAAAAAUUAAAGAAAUCGUUUUUCAUUAUUGUUAAUACUACAAGGCCUGAAACGCAUCAAAUAACCUUAAAUAUAACUCUACACUAUAACUUCCUUUGUAUCCGAUCGAUCUAAUUCUAUAUACUCAUGAACUGGCCUGCACUAGUCCAGUUCCAGUGCAGCUACCAAGAAGAAACCUCUUAUCAGGUCUGUGGCUUUCAUGGGUAGUUUGAAUUGUUGAGAGAAUAGUCACUUAUUAAUAUUUAAUCAAUUCUCUGAUGAGAUUGGUCUUGCUUUUAAUUUUUUUUAAUAAAUUAGUAAUGGAUAAUAUUUUUUGACGACCCGACCUAACUUCGUAAAGAUUUAAACAUAAUUAUGUAUCAAGGUUUUAUCUACUAGUGUCACUGAAAAGUUUUUACCAAACUGUUUUGAUUUAUGGCCUGAAGUUUGAUUUCUGCGACAAAUUUACAACAUGCUUUUUGUCAAAACGUACAAGGUGAGUCAAUAUUAUUCAAAAUUAUAAAAAAAUCUUUGGACUGAAAACAGAUAACAGUUUGGACAAUUAAUAAUAUAUUCGAAGAAAGUAUAUUUUACUCUGUAUAUUUUCCUUUCCCAUAUAUUUGUCUUUGUCUGCUUUGUUGAGUAUCCAUGUUGCUCGUAUCUUGUCUUUCGAUAAGUAUUUUUCAUUUUAUUUUAUAUCAUUUUCAUCAGAAUUGGACUUGUCUUAUUUUAACUAUUUCUUUCUUUUAGUUCUAUUGAAAAAUUUCUAUUUGUUUCUUACAUUUGUGGUGUUUAAAUUUUAUUAGUUUUAUUUUAAACAUUCUGUAUAUAUUUUUAAUGAAUUAGGUGUAGUAAAAACCAUGACGGAUUUUAAUUUACUUUUCUUAGAGUGAUAUUAUUUAUUUGAAUGAACCUGUAUAUAUUUUUAAUAUUUAAUAAGUAAGAAAAAUUUAAUAAUUUAUUUGUUUAUCGGUUACAAAUUGGGGUAAAUAGUACAGUGAUAGAUUGGAGUGAUAAAAAAAAUGCUUGAAUAAAAUAAAUACAGGGUAAUACAUAAAUAACGAGACAAGUUGUAUUUACUAUGCAUUAAAAGAAAUCAGCUACAAAUUUUUGCCGCUCGUUUAUUCACUUUUUCGAAUAGCUUCAUUAUUUUUAGAAAACUUGAGUAUACUUUUUAUAUUUUCAAAACAUUAAUCCUUUUAGAGAUAUUUGAAUUUAAUUAUUCCACCUGAUUUGGGUUGUGGUUUGUUGAUGUUUUUUGAUGCAACAAUAGAGAAUUUAAUUUCUGUUUCAAUUGCCCUUUCGUUAUCGUCCAUUGUCCUAUACACGCACUCUUAUCCGUUUAAUUUUCCAUUCCCUAUUUCUUCUUCUAUUUUUAAUUCUUAUUCUGGAAUAUAUACUAGAAUACACCUCAAUCAAUCUCUAAUUAUCAUCAUAGUUUUUGAUUCUACUUCCAUUUCUCUUUUUUUUCUUUUUAUUUGUGUAAUUGAUGCUUCUAUCAAUGUUCUCACUUAGCAUUUAGUUCCUAUUCUAUUUAGUUUUCCUUCUUCUUCAUUUUAUCAAUUUUCUUAAUCAUAAUUCGACUAUUUUCUUCUCGUGCUCCCCAAUUUUAAUUGUUUUUAUUCAUGCUUUGGUUGUUUCAUUCUAUCUUUUCAUUUAUGUUCUGCUUUUAUUAAUUUUUUCACUUAACAUUUGGUUUCUUCUCAUUUAUUUUUUCGUUUCUAUUCUUGAUGCUUUCAUAAAUUUUUUUUACUUAGUAUUUGGUUUCUUCUUAUUUGGGUUUUCGUUCAUAUUAUAGUGGCUUUCAUCAAUUUCCUCAUUCAACCAUUGGUUUAUUUCUUUUCUUUUUUUUUUUUCUUCAUUUCAUCUAUUUCUUUAAUUAUAAUUUCGUUUGUCGAAAUUUUCCUUUUUUUAUGUUUCCUUCGCGCACUGAGUUACUUUGACUGAUUUCCGAAAACCUAUUUAUGUUCUUAUUCAUUUUCUUGUUAUUUUCUUCUACAGUUUUUAUUCAGGUUUUUAUUAACAUGAUUUUCAUCAAUUUUGUCACUAGACAUUUGGUUUCUCCUCUUUCUCUGAUGUUUUCUUCUUCAUUUCAUCAAUUUCUUUAAUUAUAUUUUGUCUAUUUUUUGUUGAUUCCGUCAAUUUUUUAUUUAUGUUUUUAUUCGUACUCUUCUUGCCUUUAUUGGUUUCUUAAUACUUAUUUAUGAUCUUAUUUCUUCUCUUAUCGUUUUCUUCUUAUUUAUGUCUUCAUUUAUAUUCUUGGUGCUUUCAGCAAAAUUUGAUUUCUUGUUUUUUUUCUUUUGAUCUAUUUCCUUGUAAUCUGACUAUUUUCUUGUAGAUUUCUCAAAUUUUUAUUUUUGCCCAUUGUUUCAAUCAUGUUGUACAAUGUUGUCAUAUCAUUUAUUUGUUCUGGUUAUGUUACUAUGUUCUUCACAUUACCAUUGUCUAACCAUGACAGUUUUGUUAUCUGAGUACGUUCGAUAUUAUUGCCUCAUCAUACAACGCCUACAUUUCAGUAUUUAUACAUUAUUUAUCUUUUUUUUUUUUCGAAGUCACCAUUUAUCCAGUUAUGAAAUGGAAUGUCCGUUUAUUUAACCGUCUCGAAAUGAAAAUUGAUUUCAUUAUUUGAUGUAUAGUUCUAUUGAAUUUAUACAUCACUAGAUAUCCUCAAUAAAAAGUCCAGGUGAGUUAUAUCGAAGGAUAUAGGUGGCAAUACAAUAUUGGGUCUCGUCUAUCUAUCCAACCACCAAAAAAUGUUCAUUUAUAAACUGGUGUAACUAGAGAACGUUAUAUAGAAUUGCCCCGUUUUGUUAAAGCGCCUGCUCAAUGAAACCCUACAUGAAAAUUACAUCACAAUUUUUUACAUCCCUUAAGGGGUCAUUUUUAUAGGAUAGAAUCGUACUAUUUACCCCUAUCUCUCACAUGCUUAACCGAUUUUUAUACUCGAUUAUUUAAUCUUUGAGAUUUUUAGUGGUGUAAAUAUAUUUUAAUUAUAAUAUGCCUGAAAAUUUUAAAUACAGUGUGCCACAGUCAUAGGGAAUAGAUUGGUGAUAUUCGAUAUCUAAAUUUAUUCCAUAUGGUAUAAGAAACUACAGUACAAAUUUUUAAUUUUUUGUUUGGGGAUAAAAACCGAUAGUUAGUACUAAUUAUACAAGGUUAAUCAUUAUAAAUCACUAAUUUCUUAUCAUUGUUUGUAUAAAAAAAAGUUUCAUACCAAAAUAUAAUUUUUUUUUCUCAACAUGUAGUAAUAAUGAUAAUAAGGGAUGGGUAAUUUAUAAUAAAUAAUCAAUAAAUAAUACUAAAUUGUGGUUGUUAAUGUCUAAGAACAAUAUAUGUAGUUUAUGGCAAACUAUAGAAUUGUUUCUACUACUAUAAUUUCAAUUUAUAUUUGUGAGAUCGGCAUAUCUAUUUUUCUAGCUUUAAAAUAAAUUUUAUCAAAAUAACGAAAUAAAAACUUAACCUAAGUAACUCAAAUAUCAUAACUUGAUAAAAAAAAAACAAAAAGUGAAUAGUAUAUACUUACAAUGAAAUUGUAUCUGAAUUCCUCAGCAAAAUAAUAAAUGGCCGCAAAGAAACCUACCACCAUAAUUUUUUUGAUUGAAAAUAAAAAUAAUCAAGAAAAAGUUGAUUUAGGUUUAAAAUAUGUAAAUUAGUCUCUAAACCACAGUAAAAUAAAAUUACUGCUAGCCAAAAAUAAAGUAAAUUAAAUGGAGUUGAUCGGACCGCAUCGGGUGUUUACUAUUUAGUGACGUAACACACGGUUGAAUGGUCUGUUUGCAAAAUAUUUAAAUUUAACCAAAUGCUUUUAUUAAAAUUAUCAUGUUUUAACAAAUAAUACAAAACUAUUUUGGGGAAUUUUUAGACGUUUUUUGAUUAUAUUAAUAGUUAUUUUUAAUAUUCUGUAAUUGGCGAACUUAAUGGAAUUGAAAUAAAAUAAUUAAUAGGGGGGUUUUAGGAGUACAAAAUGACUACUUUCGGGGUACAAGAUUCGAUACGAUUCGUAUAUAAAGAAUAGAAAACUCAUUUAAUGAGUGCCUACCGUUGGUCUCAUUAUUUAUGAGGUUAACCAUGUUUUUAUUGCUUUCACUCGGGUGAAAUUGCUUAGCACGCUUCACGAAUCGACUAUAAAUAUCUCUAAUUGUUGCUUUCACUAGUUUCUUUAAUCUUAUUUAUGUUCUCAUUUCUUCCCUUGUUGUUUUCUUAUAUCUUAUUUAUUUAUGCUUACAUUUCUGUUGAAUAAUGAAGCUUUCAUCAAUUUUCUCACUUAACAUUUCAUUUCUUCCCUUGCUCCUUCAUUCCAUCAUUUUUCUUCGUUCAAAUUUUGACCAUUUUCUUGUCGAAAUUGUCAUUUUUUUAUGUUUCCAUCAUGCUCUUGCUGUUCUCUUUUAUCUUCUUAUUUGUGUUUUCAUUUCUAUUCUUAAUGCUUUCAUCGAUUUUCUCAGUUAACAUUUGGUUUCUUCCCUUGCUAUUUUCUCCUUCAUUCCAUCAAUUAUCUUCAUUUGAAUUUGCACCAGUUUCUUGUCGAAAUUGUCAUUUUUUUAUGUUACAAUCAUGCUCUUGUUCUCUUUUGCCUUUGUAUUUAUGUUUUCAUUUCUAUUCUUGGUUUUUUCAUCAAUUUUCUCACUUAACAUUUGGUUUCGUUCCUUGUUAUUUUCUUCUCCAUUCCAUCAAUUUCCUUUAUUUAAAUUUUGGUCAUUUUUUUAUGAUUCCAUCAUGCUCUUGUUGCUCUCUUUUAUUUUCUCAUUUAUAUUUUCAUUUCUAUUCUUGGUGCUUUUAUCAAUUUUCUCACUUAACAUUCGACUAUCGAUCUGAAGAUAAAUUUCCUUAAUUUUUUUCUGCUUAGAUCUUUUAAUAUGUUCUUGAUCAAUUAUCUUUAUUAUAGGUCUCUUUUGAUAAAAAGCUAGUUCAAAAAACAAUUAAAUAUUGAUGUUUCGACCUUUUCGGUCCUUAACAAAAUAUGAUUUGACAUUGACAAUUUGCAUAUUCCGAUUUAAUUUCAAAAAAUAAUAUAAAAGUGUCACUAUUGUUAUUCAACUGACUGAAACCUUGGAAUCAACUAAAAAAGGGGUGAUUUGUUGCGUGGAGUAGGUAGGUUAAGACCACGGAAUCGGACCACUUCUUAUCAAUGAACGAAUAACCACCCCACCUCCAGCGCUCUCUUGAUAAUGGCUUCAAAGUAGGAGCCGAAACGUCGAAAAUUCCACCGCAGUUCUAACUAAACCAAUUCUUCGGUUCAUAAUUCUGACUUUGUAAUGACUGUAACGCUGUUUACAUAGGACAAACAUCUCAGUGUUUAUAAUCUAGAUUAAAAGGUCAUCAAUAUGACAAAAAAGAUAAAACUACAUUAACGAACCACGAAACUUUUGUAAUAGAAUCAAAUACGAUAAAAAGAAUUAGACAGACAAAAUGUCUAUGAUAAAAAACAUUUAAUAAGUUUGUUAUAAAUUUUGAUGCAACUUCGAAUAAUUUGAUUUGUUGUAUAUUUUUGAAAUGUAACAAAUAAAAAAAAAUAUUUUUCGUGGUUGAAACAGAUUUUUAUUUUGAUAUUCAUAUUUUUUUAAUUAUAAUUAUUGUCAAUGUCGAGUCAUAUUAAAAUGAAGACCUAAAUGGAUUGAAACUUCAAUAUUUUCAACUAAUUUCUAAUCUGGAGAGACCUAAAAUCAAAACUAUCACGAACGGCCUAAAAAUGCUGAAUGACUAUUUUUUUUCCUAUACUUCUAUAACGAUAGAAAAGGGCACUGACAAACGAACAAAACUUUAUUAUAGCUUUUAGAGCGCGGUACGUUGUGUAUUUUUCUCGAUUGAACAUUUGUGAUUUAGGUUAAGUAAAAAUUUCACGUUUUGUAUUGUAAUAAACCGUAAAUUUUAUUUAUUUUGCAAAAAGAUGGAACGUACUGUAUACCAAGCAAACAUUGUGAAUGUUUAUAUAUAAAUAUGCUUAUGUGAUACAUCAAUCAAUAGCAAAAAAAACAUUUUCAAUGAGUCACCCUAUAUAUUGUUUAUUAUGUUUUCCAUGCUAAAUACUCCCUGCAUAUAUAGAAUAUCUGUGUUAGUUGUUAUUUUCAUCGGAUUUAUUAUAUACAAUAAAGAGCUCUCUAUUUUUUUCUACUUAAUGUAUACAGGGGCUUCCCAGAUUGAUUUUUGUAUGAACACCAUAUAUUUUGAAAUUUUUAUCAGUGCGAUAUGAAAGAGAAUGCUCAAUAAACGAUGUAUCACAUGCUUACUGCAUACAUGCCUUAAUGUGUUUGUAAAUAUUGUAUGUAUAAACAAUAUGUCGAUAAAUGUUCAAAUGAAUAUCAUAUUAUAUAGAAGCAUUUAUGUCACACACUAUACAAUUUUUAAAGACUGUUGAAACAUAAAUUGUAUUACUGUAUAUUAUCGAAAAAUAUUUAUACCUAAUUAGUUGUGAGAAUAUAAAUUUAUUGCAAUUAAUUAGCUCGUUAAUUAGAAGAUCCUUUUUAACUAUCUAUAAUUGGGUAAGAGCCUCCAAAUUUAGACACAUCAAAAUUACGUUUCUAAUUUUGAUCCUAUUGAUACAAAAUAAUCAAAAACUUCGAUUAAUAAGUUCAUUCAUAAUAAAAACACGCUAAUUUGUCAUUUUCGAGGUCGCAUAAUCUAUUUAUCGAGACCACAGAUGUUGAAAAUUAGUACUCUGAUUUUAUCAAUUCUAAUAAUUGGAUUAGUUGAUUUCCAGUCAGGCGUUUUGAACUGGAUCAUGAUUUACACUAAACUGCAAUUCUUCUAGAUCACAAAGACAUUUCAUAGAAAUGCAUCUUUGUCUCAAGUUAUUGGCCAAUUAAGAUUACCUAACCUAAACUGAAGUAAACUUAAACCCAAUUGAAUCUCGAGUAUACUUAACCUAAGUGAAGCCGCAGUAUACCGAACCUAAUUGAAGAUAAAUUAAACCUAACUUAAGUGAAACUAAACUAAACCUAGUCUAAUUGAAGCUAAAGUAAACCUAAGUAAAUUUAAAGUAAAACUGACCUAAAUAAAGCUAAUGUAAACCUAACCUAUUUGAAUCUAAAAUAAACUUUACCUUCAUAAAACUAAUGUGAACUGUAUCUAAAGUAAACCUUACCUAAGUAAAGCUAAUGUAAACCUAACGUAAGUGAAUCUAAAGUAAACCUUACUUAAAUAAAGCUAAUGUAAAUAUAAAGUAAACUUUAGCUUCAUAAAGAUAAAACAAACCUAACAUAAGUGAAUCUAAAGUAAACUUUAUCUUCAUAAAGCUAAUGUAAACCUAACCUAAGUGAAUCUAAAGUAAACCCAACCUAAGUGAAGCUAAAGUAAACUUAACCUAAGUGAAUCCAAAGUAAACCUAACCUAAGUGAAUCCAAAAUAAACCUUAACUUAG